AUGAUUCACACAGCCAGUCUUAUUCAUGAUGACAUCAUUGAUGGUGCUGAUACUAGAAGGGGAAAACCCUCUGUUAAUAUAUGGGGAGAAAGAAAAGCUGUAAUGGCUGGUAACUUUAUUUUAGCUGAAGCAUCAAGAUGUCUGGCAUCACUCGGUAAUGCACAAGUCAUUGAUAUUGUAGCUACUGUGAUAGAAGAUUUAGUACGAGGUGAAGUUAUGCAGCUAAAUAAUACAAGUGGUGAUGCUGAAACACUUUUUGAGCAAUAUAUUCACAAAACCUUUAAAAAGACUGCAAGUUUAAUGGCAUACUCAUGUCAAGCUGUAGCUGUGUUGAGUAACCUCUCUGAAGAAUAUUGCCAAGCUGCUUUUCAAUAUGGCAAAAAUGCAGGACUUGCUUUUCAGAUUAUCGAUGAUGUAUUAGAUUUUCAAGCUACAGAGUCCGAGUUUGGAAAACCCAGUUCUGUUGACCUGAAACUAGGAUUAAGUACUGCACCUGUUCUAUUUGCUGCUAAAGAGGUUGUCAUGACAACCAUAUGUCAUUAG